AUGAACGGCGACAACUCAGAGAUUGUGAGAGGCCACAAAGCUAAACCUUGUGUCCGAUCACCACUCGCGGCCAAGGCGCUAGCGAUUAGAGAAGCCCUCCUCUAUGCAAAAGCUCACGAUUGGAACAACUUAUGCCUCAAAUCGGACUCGCAAACGCUCAUCAGAGCCAUCAUCAAUCGAGAAAAGGUAGCUGAGAUCUAUGGAAUCCUACAAGAUAUCCACCAGCUAGCCUCGACUUUCACCUCGAUUUCGUUCUUCUUUAUGCAGAGAUCGAACGAUUUAGUUGCUGAUUCUUUCGCAAAAUUUGCAUUAUCGCACUUUGUUUCUAAUGCCAUUGAAACCACUGUUUAA